AUGAACUCCGUCCACAGCCUGAUUGACGCUCCCGCGCCCGCCUCGGCCCAGGGCCCGGCGCCGCUGGGAGCCCAGGCCGGCCUUCACCUCCACGACCACGCCCAGGAGCAGCCGCAGCCGCAUCACCACCAGCUGCACCGCCUGGCCUCGCCCACCCCGAUCCCGGUGUCGGCUCCGGCCCAGGGCCCGGGCCCCGGCCCCGGCGGCGGUCUCUCGCUGUCCCCCUCGGCGCCCGCGUCGGCGCCCACUCCCGUCCAUACCCCGAGGCCCGAGGACCUGCAGCAGAGGCCGCUGCCGCCGCCGGCCACGCCGUCCAUGGCGCACUACGCCCCCAUUGCUUCGCCGCCGAUGAGGCAGGACACUGGCUCGUCAAUCUCAACGCAGGCCACCACGGCUACCCUGGCCUCUACAGAGACCAACAACACAUCGUACAGUGCCGACACCUCCCCUAACCUGCACCAGUCCAUUUUCUCCCUCAAGGAUGGCUCCGACGUCUCUAACAGCCGUCGAACCAGCAGGAGACGUACCGGCCCCCUAUCUCAGCAGUCCAGAGAGCGGGCCGCCCUGAUCAGAAAGCUAGGAGCCUGUGUCGACUGCCGCCGCAGGAGAGUUGCC